AUGUCAAAUAACAUCUCAGGGUCUUCAUCUUUGGAACCAUAUCUUCACACUUAUAAUAAAAGACAAGAAGAAUUCAUAACAUCAGCUGACUUUUCUUUUAUGAACUUCAAUGUUGAUGAUCUGAAUAUCGAUGAUUAUUUUGACUUCUAUAAUAAAGCUCUCGCCAAUCUUUUUAACAAUAAUCAGGCAAUUAAUGAAUUCACACAAUUAAUACAAAAUGAUGAGGAAUAUGAAUAUAGUAAUGAAAAUAAUGACUCUGUAAUUCAAUUUGGUGCUACUUUUCCUAAUUGGAAUUUUCUAGAAAAUGCAUUAAAAAGGUAUAAGUUGGAGUUAUGGGCCAAAAUUUAUAUAUUUGCAACUUUUUGUACUGAAAUGCAAAGCACGCAAUGGGUAGAAUACACAAAUAGACUUAUUAAAACUGAGGUUGGUGCAAAAAUAACAUUGCUUAAUUUAGGCAAAGCAAUUCAAAUGAAGCUUGAAUGUGAAUUUCCUGAUACUCAUGAAUAUAUGAAUGGAUAUCUUGAGGAUGAAUAUGACGCAUUACAAGCUUCACUUGAAAACCUUAUGAAUAUAGUUAAUCAUGAAAAUAUUCUUGAAAUUUGA